AACUCGAAAUCAAGAUUUAUAUAUAAGACGUUUAUAUCGUCGCUUAGAAGCUUCGUUUCCUGUCUGUCUCUUAGAUCUCUUUCGCUCUGCAUGUGACUGCUCUCAUUCGAAUUUCGCUUUCUUCUAAAGUUGUGGGAUUCUCUUUGACCUUCCAGCUCCCAAUCCGAAGAUCUGCCUCUGUAAGAAUAAUCCCAAUUCCCAUGUCCUAUUUUCCGAGAAAAUGCCCGCAAACUUUCCAAUAUUUUCCCGGAAAAUUUCCAUGUUCAGCUGCUGUGCUUUGCUCUAUGAUGGUUUCUAGGGUUUGCUCACGUUGAAGUUCUUGUAUGUGUUGGCUCAAUUUUUUCUUUUUUGAAAUUCUUGUAUGUAUUUGCACCUAUCAGAUCUCCAUUUCCUAGGGUUUGUAUCUGUGCAAGUAUCAGUCUUUUGAUUGUAGAGUGUGUGUACGUGUUGUUUUGUAUCUCAAUUGGGUUGAAUCUCUUAGUUUGGAGAAAGAUUUAUGUAUCCUGGGAUUUUCAUUGCUCUCUGGUGUGUUGAAUUCAAGGCUUUGUAGAGUUUAUAGGUUCAAGAUCAAAUUUUGUUGUUCGUCUCAGUAGAAUUGGAGACCCCCUUAUCUUAUAUAUCAAAAGCGAACAAACACAUUGGCUUUUUUUAUAUCUUGGAUCCUUUGGCUUAGCUUUUGAUUUUUUUAGAACGAGUUAGCAUUUUUUGGAUUUUGGUAUCUUUGAGCUAUUUGUGAGGGUAAAUUUAGGGUUUGUGUUUCUUAUAGAUGGAUAAGGACAAGUCUCCUGCCCAUGGUGGGGGUUUACCACCCCCAUCAGGCAGGUACUCAGGUUUUUUGCCUACUGGAACUCCUUUCAAUGUGAAACCCGAGCCAGCUUCAUCAUCAUUAUUUCCUCCAUUGGCCUCGGGUGCUAGUGCGGACUCAGGUCAUUUUGGUCAUGGGAUGUCUGCAGAAUCUAGUCACUUUAGUCAUGACAUUAGCCGAAUGCCAGAUAACCCACCAAGGAAAUUGGGUCAUAGACGUGCCCAUUCGGAAAUCUUGACCCUUCCAGAUGAUAUUAGCUUUGAUAGUGACCUUGGUGUUGUGGGCGGUGCCGAUGGUCCUUCAUUUUCAGAUGAGACUGAGGAAGACUUGUUUUCUAUGUACCUUGAUAUGGAAAAAUUCAAUUCAUCGUCUGCUACAUCGUCCUUUCAAUUCGGUGAGCCAUCAUCUUCUGCAGCAGCACCUGUUCCAGCAUCGAGAGCGCCCACUUCUUCUGCGGAGAAUAUUGCCAUCGGUUCUAAUGAGAGACCCAGAGUCAGGCACCAACAUAGCCAGUCGAUGGAUGGAUCAACAAGCAUCAAACCAGAGAUGCUGGUCUCCAGUUCAGAAGAUAUCUCUGCAGCUGAUUCCAAGAAAGCCCUCUCAGCUGCUAAGCUUGCAGAACUUGCCCUGAUUGAUCCAAAACGUGCGAAGAGGUACCAAUUCUUGAGUAAUCAUAUAUCAUGUGAAUCUAAAUCUAAUGUUUGUUCUGGUAUUUUGAAAUUAUUAGCUUAUGAAAUUCCAAACAAUAGUCUAUGUUUUCCAUUUUGAGUUCACCUAAUUGUU